GAAAUACCCGGAUGGGCGGGAGGGCAGCUCCACAUUCGCUGAGCGAGAGACCGGCGUGUACGGACGGUCAUGGGGAAAGCGCUGGCUCUGUUGCUGCUCUUUGUCGCCUGCUUGCCGGAGGACGUCGCCGCCGCUGCAACUGGACUUUGCGAUCAGAACCAUUUCCGAUGUGGUGACGGGAAAUGUAUUCGAGUCCACUGGCUGUGUGACGGGCAAUCGGAGUGUGCAGACGGCUCUGACGAGUCGCUGGAGACAUGCAAGAAUAAGACCUGCAGCUCCCUUGAGUUCAGUUGUGGUGGCCGUGUUAACAAGUGUAUCCCAGCAUCCUGGCGCUGCGACUCCCAAAAAGAUUGUGAAAAUGGCUCCGAUGAGGAGAACUGCCCCACUCAUAUCUGCAAAGACCACGAGUUCCAGUGCCAUGAUGGGAACUGCAUCUCUCUGAAGUUUGUCUGUGACGAGGACCAGGACUGCACCGAUGGUAGUGACGAGGCGGCAUGUCCAGAGCGGACCUGUGGGCCUCACAUGUUCCAGUGCACUAAGAGCAAGGUUUGCAUUCCAAAACUCUGGGCCUGCGAUGAUGAUCCGGAUUGCCCUGAUGAGUCUGAUGAGCUACCACAGAAUUGUGGCCGAUCCCCUACAUUUGAACCGCCCAAUCCCUGCUCUGCCCUGGAGUUCCACUGUGGCAGCGGAGAGUGCAUCCACAUGAAAUGGCGCUGUGACGCUAACGUAGACUGCAGGGAUCAAUCCGAUGAGAGAGGCUGUGCUGUAACAACUUGCCGGCCAGACGAAUUUCAGUGCAAUGAUGGGACUUGUGUUCAUGGAAGCCUCCAGUGUAAUAAGGAAUUUGACUGUCAUGACCGGAGUGAUGAAGCUGGCUGUGUAAAUGUGACCAAGUGUGAAGGCCCCCACAAGUUCAAAUGCAAUAGUGGCGAGUGUAUUAUGCUGGACAAAGUUUGUGACAAACAGCGGGACUGCAGAGACUGGUCAGAUGAGCCUUUGAAGGAAUGUGGUGAGAACGAAUGCCUGAAUGAAAAUGGCGGCUGCUCACACAUCUGUAGAGACCUAAAGAUCGGCUAUGAGUGUCUCUGUCGACCUGGCUUCAGACUAGUUGAUAAUGUGAAGUGUGAAGAUAUUGAUGAGUGCGAGAACCCAGACACGUGCAGCCAGAAUUGCAUCAAUCUGGAAGGUGGAUUCAAGUGCGAGUGUCUUGAGGGCUAUCACAUGGACCCGGUGACCAGGCAAUGCAAAGCAAUUGGUACAGUUGCCUACUUAUUCUUCACCAACCGGCACGAAGUCAGAAAGCUGACCCUUGAUCGGAGUGAGUACACACAGCUGAUUCCCAGGCUGAAGAAUGUGGUGGCACUGGACAUGGAGGUGGCUGCAAACAAGAUCUAUUGGGCUGACCAGUUUCAGAAAAAAAUAUUCAGUGCCCACAUGGACAAAGCUGAGAAUUCUUCCCAUCAUUCUACAGUGAUUGAGACUGAAAUCAAGGCACCAGAUGGCUUAGCUGUAGACUGGAUUCACCAGAACAUCUACUGGACAGAUUUUCUAACCAGCACCAUCUCUGUAGCUAACACAGCUGGAACUAAGAGAAAGGUCCUGGUUAAAGAACAGCUUUCAAAGCCCAGGGCCAUUGCAGUGGAUCCAGUUCACGGCUUCCUGUAUUGGAGCGAUUGGGGGACCCCUGCCAAGAUUGAGAAAGGAGGCUUGAAUGGAGUGGACCGCAUUCCACUGGUCACUACACAGAUUGAAUGGCCAAAUGGAAUCACUCUAGACUUGGUGAAUCAGCGGCUUUAUUGGGUGGACUCCAAGUUGCACACUUUGUCCAGUAUCGGUGUUGGGGGAGACAACAGGAAGACCUUGAUCAUUUCUCCAGACAAGCUGACUCAUCCCUUCUCUGUAGCUUUGUUUGAGGACAAGAUCUUUUGGACUGAUACAGAUCAUGAGGCCAUUUUCAGUGCCAACAGACUCACAGGGGGUGAUAUCCUAACAGUCAUUGAGAACCUGGAUGUUCCUCAGGACAUUGUCCUCUACCACCACCUCCGACAACCCAAAGGUGUUAACUGGUGUGAGCAGAAUGGGCAAGUAAAUGGUGGUUGUGAGCAUCUGUGCCUUCCAGCACCACAGAUCAGUGUCCAUUCUCCAAAGUACACCUGCGUUUGCCCUGAUGGAAUGCAACUGGGGCCGGACAUGAGAAGCUGCAUCACAGGUACUAUCAUGUCUACCACCAAGUCGAGCACUGUCAAAACCUUAACCAGUCCUCCGCAUGCUGAGACCCUCACAACCAGGAAAAUAACCCAAACCUCUAACAUUCCAUCAGACCAUGCUGAACCCACAGUACUCCCUACCCUCCAUGAGAUGCUCACAGUUUCACAUCAAGCACAUGUGCUCACAGCUGAGGCUGCUACAGAAGGCCACAGAGGGACUAACGCCUUGUGGAUCGUUUUACCUCUGGCCAUCUUAUCAUUACUUGGGACUGCUACUUUUUUCAUUUGGAAAAACUGGAGAUUGAAGAACACUAACAGCAUAAACUUCGAUAACCCUGUCUACCAGAAGACCACAGAAGAUGAUGAGGUCCACAUCACCCGGAACCAAGUUGGCUACACAUAUCCCACGAGAGCUGUCGUGAGCUUGGAAGACUAUGGCGCUUGAUAAGAGGAGCCUGACACAAAGUGCCUCAGUGAUUGCUGCCUGUGGAGAUAGACUUUAUUUCUGUUGUUCCAUCCGAGCUACCCAAGUUCUUUUUCUUACACUUCUGUUGCUGACCCUUCAGCAAAGCCACUCCACGUAACAGAAUGCUUGUUAGGUUAUUUAAAUUUUCAUUUGCACUGUGUGCUGUUACUGUGGAUGUUUUUUUUAUUGUGAAGGGUUUUUCUAAAAACCCAACUUCCCAGGUAUGACUUGAACUCCUGGUUUUCAUAAAGUGCAAGAAACUGCUUUUGGGACAACUUUUUCAUCAAGAUUCCUCACUGAAGGCUCUGAUCUCUGAAAUGAAGUCAGAAGUGGACACUAUUUGAAGUUACUAAUGACUGACUGACUGAAGAUGAAGUGUGGCCUGAGGCUCACUUUGCCUAGGUUGUAUGUUUUGUAAAUUGCAUGUUGUUUCUCCCUGUGUACAGUUGUCUAAGCAAGAAUGAGGUGAGUCAGUUGGCAUUCGUGUCUCCUGCUACCCCUUCUUCUCUAAGCCAAGACUAAUAAAUAGCUAGCUGCACUUGGGCUACUCUAAGCAAAAACCUGUAAUAUAUUAAACAUCUUGGCUUUGAGGUCAAACUUUUUUUAUAUUCAAAGCCCAGUGUGUUUCCUUACAAUUCAAUGCUAGCUGCAAUUCUGCAUCAGAUCAGAAUACACUGGAUUUUACUGAAGGCUGCAUCUGCAACGUGUAUGUACUUGGCAUCUUCCCACAUCAUAAUACUUGUGGGGGACACUCUUGCUCUCUGGGUCCUCCUCACUACUGAGCCUGCCCAUAAGAUUGGUGCCAGACUAUAGGCUUGAGCCCAGCUUGCCCUGGUUUUUGAUUUGUGAAUAAAUGUAUAUUGUACAGAUUUUGCAGAAGGAAUUUAAUAAUUGCAGAGUUGAUGUAUGUUAAUUUAUUAUCCUGUUUUUCUAGAGCCUUGUGUGACCAGUUACUGUAAAAGCCCUAGACUCUUCAUGCAUCCUGAGUAGUACAGUGUGUAUAUUAUGUCAAGUUCUACUUGAACUGUGGACAGCUGGGAAAAUCAACCCUGCACAGCACUACUGGGUUUAAAUCAGUAUGUCCAGUCCUGUGUGCACAAUGCAACCUUUUCUGUCCUGUUUUUUUUUUAAAUGUAAAUGUUUACAGGGCUGCUUUCUGACUAGCAUGUUUGCUAAAUGGUUUUGUCUUUCUACUUGUUAAAUUUACACGCAGAACAUAUAUUUAUUUAUAAAAAAACAAAUUUAAAAAAAAAAAAAGUGCAACAGUGGUACCUAAUUAGACUGGAUGUCUGCCUGGAGGUAACUCCAUGGCUCCAGGCACCGUCUCCACUGGCCAAAUGAAGGCAAGGAACCUGCAAUCACUGACACUGACUGUAGCUGCAAUCAGAUACUGUUUUGAAUGAGGCUAGUGUGGGGUUCUGUGUAAAUGUCAGUGUUGUAACUCCCUCCAUGCACCUUCAACCUGAUGCUGCUGCUCUGUACAAAUGUGACCCUUCUGGAUUUCCAAUACAAAAAUCUGGAAAGGGAUUGGAAGAUGGUUGGGAAUUGUAAAAUCAUAAAUGAGGAUAACAACCUUCCUCUACUUGGUCAGUUUACCACAGCACAGUCAGUAAAGGAAGGUGUAUUCCCCUUCCAAGUUGUCAAGUGGUUCAGUGACUCUUAAUAUUGGUUAACCUUUUUUAAUUUUGUUCUGUUCUGUGCAAAUGCCUUGCUACCUCUGCUGCCAUAUUACUAGUGUCACAUGUGAAUUUGGCAUGUUUUCCAAAUCUUUUACCAUCAAGUUUUUAAAUGAGUUUGCAGGUUUUUAUUAAUGCUGAGCUGAUUAUUGUCACUAUUUUACUGCACUCCAUUCCUUUAGUUCAAGUUCCCCUUGUUUCCCUCCUCCCAAUCUAUUAUAUGAAAGAAUCUGACUAGCUGUGCAUUUAAUUGAGUUUGUGUUAACUACUUCUCCUACUACUCCAUGUUCAUGGCUCCAAAUGUGGAGCAGUGAGUGAUCCAGCCUAAGUCACGCAAUUUGUAUUUCUUGUAAUUGUUUUGCCAACAGUCAACAAAGUAAACUGAUUUCAAAAUGUG